CGUGUACUACUCACAAGCAGCAGCUCUCCUGGUGUAGCAUCCUUUUAUAGUUUAAGCAGCAUAACCACAUGUGGUGUGGCUCAAGCCUGCUCUGAUCCCUCUCUCACUUCCACUAAGCUGUUCUCAUUUUAUUGAUCGACUUUUUUUGGGGGGGAGGAGAAGUGGGGGAGACUUUCAUAUUGCUGGGACGAGGGAGGACGUUCAAGAUGACUUCUAUACCUGCAUCCAGCUGGAGUGGAAAUGAGAGCAGCAGCUGGAACACGAGCUUUUCUGGGUCAGGAGGCAACUGGGGGCAGCCUCUGGGAGCUCAGGCUGGUAACAUCUCCUCCCCUUUAGCACCCGCAACAGCUAACUUCUCCAACCAAUUUGUGCAGCCCUCCUGGCGCAUUGCCCUGUGGUCUCUGGCUUAUGGUGGGGUGGUGGCUGUGGCCGUCCUUGGCAACCUGAUUGUCAUCUGGAUCAUCUUGGCUCACAAGCGUAUGAGGACAGUGACCAACUAUUUCCUGGUGAACCUGGCCUUCUCAGAUGCCUCCAUGGCUGCUUUCAACACCCUCAUCAACUUCAUCUAUGCCCUGCACAACGAGUGGUACUUUGGGGAAGCUUACUGCCGCUUCCACAACUUCUUCCCCAUCACUGCAGUCUUUGCCAGCAUCUACUCCAUGACGGCGAUUGCGGUGGACAGAUACAUGGCCAUUAUCGAUCCCCUGAAGCCCAGACUGUCUGCAACUGUAACGAAGGUGGUCAUUGGCAGUAUAUGGAUUUUGGCUUUCCUGCUUGCAUUUCCCCAGUGUCUCUACUCCAUAACCAAAGUGAUGCCUGGAAGAACUCUUUGCUAUGUAGCAUGGCCAGGUGGUCCAAAACAGCAUUUCACGUAUCAUGUCAUUGUGAUUGUAUUAGUGUAUUGCUUUCCACUGCUUGUCAUGGGUAUCACUUAUACCAUAGUCGGAAUUACCCUCUGGGGAGGAGAGAUUCCAGGUGACACAUCUGACAAAUACCAGGAGCAGCUCAAAGCUAAGAGAAAGGUGGUAAAAAUGAUGAUUGUCGUUGUGUUGACAUUUGCAAUCUGCUGGUUGCCCUACCACAUUUACUUCAUAGUUACUGGGAUCUACCAACACUUAAAUCGGUGGAAAUAUAUUCAGCAAAUCUACCUAGCCAGCUUUUGGCUGGCCAUGAGCUCCACAAUGUACAAUCCCAUUAUCUACUGCUGCCUUAAUAAGAGGUUCCGAGCUGGUUUCAAGAGAGCAUUCCGUUGGUGCCCAUUUAUUGAGGUGUCCAGCUAUGAUGAGCUGGAGCUCAAGGCAGCCAGGUUUCAUCCCACCAGACAAAGUAGCUUGUACACUGUGUCCAGAAUGGAGUCUAGCACAACAGUAGUGUUUGAUCCAAAUGAUGGAGAUCAUUCCAAAUCCACUCGUAAGAAAAGGGUUGUUUCACGGGACACAAACUUCAAUGGCUGUUCACGCAGGAAUUCCAAAACCACCUCGACAAUGUCGAGUUUUAUCAGCUCACCCUAUACAUCAGUGGAUGAGUAUUCUUAAGGCCUUGGGUAAAUUUGUGAUGGGCAUGAAAAGAGCAGUAUUGUACAUAAACGAGACAAUGCUAUUCUACCUUAGAACCAAUAUCCAAGCUACUGGAUGGCAGUCAAGAUUCAGUUGAUGAGCCCUGGUUGUAAAUACCAUAUGAUUUAUUGGCUCUGCUUACAUUUGUGCUUUGGAAAAAAAAGAGGAACUAUAAGAUGUCUGUUUACAUGAGUAUGAAAACACGGUGACAUCUUGUACAUAGAAAUGUUUGUAAGAAUUAUUUUAAAACAAUACAACAUCAAACUCUUGCUCCUUCACUAGGAUCAAAUGCUGACCUAUAGCUGACUUGCUGAUAUUUAAGUUUCACAGACCAAAAUGUAACCAGACAGCUUCAAAAUAACGACAGUUCAAACUUCACUGAAUUUUUAUAUUAUUUGUGAAUUCUAUUGGAGAAAAGUUACAUAAGAUUGGGUUAAAAAUUCCUUUUGUAUCGAGUCUUGAUAAGUUCCAAAUCCAGUCUGCUGUUGUACAAAUUCAUGUGAGUGAUCCUACUGAAGUCAAUGUGAAUAGGAUUUAGCUCUGUGCAGAGGCCAAACUGUGUACCACUUAAAUCCCACUUAAGACUAACUCAAACCCCAAAAUAGGGCUUAAGUGGUUCAUAGGCCUUGUUCUGGCCCCUGCACAUGCAGGAAUACCACCUUGUUUGAGGCAAAUAGGACUUAUUUGACCCACCAUUGGAGUAUCUUUCAGUAGGAACACCAGACUACAACCUCAAAGUGAAGGUCAGAAAAGACAGUCUGUAUCAAGAGAUCUUUGUUAAACAUGGAUCCGGGGUGGCUCUAGGCACCAGUGCACCAAGCGUGUGCCUGGGGCAGCAAGCCGUGGGGGGCGCCCUGCCGGUCGCCAUGAGGGCAGCAGUCAGGUAUACCUGUGGGAGGUUGGCCGGUCCCACAGUUUCAGUGGCAAUUCGGUGGCAGGUACACCAAAGGCACGGGACCAGCGGACCUCCCGCAGGCAUGCUGCCAAAAGCCGCCUGACUGCCGUGCUUGGGGCAGCAAAAUACAUAAAGCCAGCCCUGCAUGGAUCAAUGCUCUCCCGCUGAAGUAUGAAGAGCCACUUCCUCAGUAAGGCAUUGCAAAUUAAUGCCUUACUAGACAGACAUAAAAAUACUUAACUGCAUUUGUAUUCAUUUUGACUGUCAGCCAACUUGUAUACAUAAUUAAAUUCAAACAAGUGAAGUGUAUGGGCAGAUAUCUGUUUUCCUGCAAAAGCAAAAAACAGUGAUUGUACUAAGUAUAGUUUGCUUGCUCUGUCCCCAAAUACAAACUCAGUUUUGGUUUGGGUUGAAUCUCAAACCAUAAAGGGUGUAUUUUUCAGUGCAGGUUCAGAUAUGACUAAUCUCUCACACAAGCAGCUUUUCCUUGCAAGAUUUUGACCCAACGUAUUAUAAUAUUUUGAUUUAAGAUAAAAGAGAACUCUUUUGAGAUCAUGUCAUCCUGCCAGUUUUUCCCUCGUUUUGUGCUAAAAACAGUUCUCAGGAUUUUGUCACAAUUGACUCCAAACCCAAAACUUGAAUUCCAGAUUAAGCCUGAGUCAGGGAUGAUGGUAGCCUAAUCCUAAUACACUUGGAUAUGACUCUUUACACUGGGACAGGAAUCCAACAAUCAUUUGAGAAAUGUGUGUGAGAUUAUGGCAUAUGAAAAAAUAUCCAUCAUGAAAGUUUCCUAGUGCUUCAGAGAAUUGCAAUGCUGUUCAUUGAACUCUAAGGGCUUACUUUGGAAUCCAGCCUUUAUGGGGCUCUGUUUCUGCACCCACAAAAUAGAAUAAAUCAAUCAUUUAAAUGUCUAAUACCUGAUAGCUCCAGUUAGUACAAAUUGUGGGUACAAUCUAUCUACAGGAAGCCUGCAGCUACUUGCACCUGAAAUGGUAAAGGCAAAAUCAGAUCCCUUUAGAAAUUUGUCCUCAUAGACCAUAGUUUUCCAAAUAUACAUUUCCUUCAAUAAUGUGCAUUCUUAUGGGUGUAUGUAGAAAUCUUGUGAUCACAUUUUUGGAAGCUCGUUGUAAAUAUGAAACAAAUCUAAGCAUACAAUCUUUUUAUAUUAGAUUUAAAAGUAUUCUUUUUAAAAUGACUACUGUGGUAAAAGCCCAAAGAGCUGAGCACCUCUUGAGAGCUUCUGCACACCCACAUUUCCACUGAAAUCAUUGGGCCAAAUCUUGAAAUCUGUAUCCAGUUUUAACCUGUCCUUACUCAGACAAAUGCCUCUGAAGACUGGAAAAAGUAUAAUUGCUUGACUAAGAAUCAGUAAAAGGUUCAGGAUUUCAUCCAACAUGGGUUGAGGGCACUCAGCAUCAUCUAAGAGACAUCCUUAGAGAUCAGACCAUAAAUUUGCCCAUCCUGGAUCUUUAACAUCUCAGUCCUAUUGUUACUGGACAGCAAGGAAAUUUCAAAGGCAUCUGAUACUUAGACAAGGUGAAUGAGACAACAGCAAAUUAGGAAUCAUUAGAGAAUCCAAUUCAGGAUUCACUGUUCAGGCUGGCCAUUACCAACACACUUAACCAUGAACAUAACCCCUUAAUGUCUUUAAUAUCAGAAUUUUCCCAUUUUUCUUUAACAAGAACUAUUUUAUAGUCCAGAAGUGUUAGUGUGUGACAAAGUUUAGAUCCAUAUCCACCUAAUACACAUCUGGAUGAUCUAGAACAAAUACAAUUCUUUUUUAUAAUAUACAGAAUCUUUUCUAUAAUAUCCAAGAUAUCUAUUUUUAAUCAUACAGUACUUCUAUCAUACAAAACCAGAAGUUUUUUAAUGUGCAUAAAGACUAAAGGGUUGUGUGUGAUACAAGUAUGAUUAAGAAUAAAAACUGUCUUAUACUGAAGCAGAACACAGUAAUUCAGAGCAAGGACACAAUGGAUAUUACACUUCAGGAAACUUUGGAGUUUGUUUAGAAACAUGAAUAUGUGUACUUUAUAUAUAAUUUUAUUGUACAAGUAUGUUCGGUAACUUUAAAAAAUACUAUUUGUUUUCAAUUGUAUAAUUGUAGAAGAUAAAAUUGUAAAUGUAAAUGUCAGGAAAAGUAUACAGUUGAAAAUAUCUUUAAAAAAAAAAAAAAGAUUGUGACCCCCCCCAUUAUGACAUCUUUGCAUUAACCCCAACAAUUUCAUUAAAGAAGCCAAUUCUCUUUUAUAUUAGAAAAUUAUAAAAAAUAUAAUAACUUGCAAUUCCAGUGUCACAUAUGCCCUUCUCAGCAAGGACCGGAUCCAAAGCCAUUGACAUCAAAGGGAAAGUCCCAUUAACUUCUGGACCAGACCUUAAGUCAUUGCUCAUACAUGCCAAAUGCCUGUAUUUAUGAACAACAGGCCCUGUUUUUCAGCAAAAUGUUUAUCAUUUAAAAAAAAAACAACCCUUUCCUAGUUCAGUAUUUGUAAUGUAAUGCAUACAACAUGUCUGUUUUAAUUUUUUGCCUCAAAUGUCCUGAUUUAAAGUUUUUAAAUGCACACAAGUAUGAAGAUAUACUAACACAACUCAACUGGGAGAGAGUCCCGACUGGCUACAAAAGCUAAGCAUAGUAACUUUGUGCUUGUAUAUUAUAUGUGUGUAUUGUAAAGGCUUUCUGGUUGUUCAUGUACAGUUUCUGUCUAUAAGGAAGUUAUGUACAGAACAUUUAUUGUUGUUGAAUAAACUGUAUUUUUUAAAUUGUGGCUAUUACAA